UGACAGGAGAGGGAGGACAACCUUACCUUCCUCACCUUGCAGAGAGUAGAGUGCAACAAAGAUACCUGAGAGGAGAAGUCAGAGAACAACUGUUAGCCUGAGAAGUGUGCGUAAGAGGAGUUUGGCAUAUUUUGAACUCCUGGUGAAUAAUGUCUGUACUAUAAAGAGACAUCGGAUGGUGGGGGAUAAACUACUGGAAAUGUGGAAUAGAGGAGACACAGAGAAAAAGUCCUGCAUGGAUCAAGAAAGGGAAUCUCAGCCACGCAAUAAAUUAGCCCAUUCGAUUGAAGAAAUACUGAGGAGGCCCACAUGUGUCAGAAAACAGAAAAGACUUCAUCAUAACUGGUCUGUUAUCAAGGAAAACACCAGAAUAUCUAAUCAGCUUUCAUGUGCGGAAACUCCACAAAUCAGACCACUUGAAGAGUCUCCAAAAGCCACCGCAGACUGCAUGAGUCAGAGGAAGAAGAGGCAAACGAGGGUCACUUUCACACAGUUCCAGGUGCAGGAGAUGGAGAAAGUCUUCCAGCAGACUCACUAUCCAGACGCCAACUCCAGAGACCAGUUAGCCUCUCGCCUGCACCUCACUGAGGGCCGAAUACAGAUUUGGUUCCAGAACCGCAGAGCCAAAUGGAGGAAGGCUGAAACACUGAAGGAUAUAGAGCUGAUGACCAGUCAGCACAUACAGUCAGCCAGUCAUCCCCUGCUUUAUUAUGAGGUCUUACAGAAGCCCCAGCUGCAGGCAGUGUCCUGGCUGCCAUGCUGCUCACCUGAACCCCUUCAAUCAAGGCUGUUCCUCAGAGCGACAUCACCACCAGCCUCGCUGACCGACAUGCAUCCCCCAGAUCACAGGACUCUGUAUUUUGACCCACUGGGGACAGACAGAUAGCACCUUCAGUAUUCUUACAAAUGAUAACACUAUUGUGUUAAAGUUUUUUAAAUUGGACAAAGAUCAUAAUGAGUUUCUGGUGAUACACAAAACUACUAUGUAAUAUAUAAACUAAUAACUGUUUAAUUGACAUGUUUGCUUUAGUAUACCGAUAUACUUUAAUGUUCCGAUGAACUGUGUUUUUAAUGGUGUUGGGAUUGCUGAUGGGGUGCUCCCUAGAGGGAAUUUAGUAUUGUUGCUAUUUUUUGUUUUGUUUCUUAGUUUUUCAUAUGUUAUUUUUUGGAAGUGGAAGGUUUUGAUUUACUGAUCUUUUAUCUCUGUAACAUGCGCAGCACUAGUGGCCUCCGCCCAGGGACUACAGAUAGCAGAUAGCAUUAUCCCUGCUAAAUAAACGAUAAAGAAAUAAGUUGUCAGAUGUGUUGUAUAUACUGUGUUGUCACCCUGAAAUAAAGUUUGCAUGUUAACAACUGAA